AUGGGUUGGGUAAAAAAUGUGUCCGCGGGUCAUCUGGGCUUCUCAGCCAGAUCUAACAAAACCCCCAAAUCCCCUCAUUUGGCUUUGUUCAACGCGGACGAAGAGAGAGAAGAAGAAGGGAGACGACGAACGACGAACUUCAAAGAUGACGAAGCCAACUAUAUAUCGAUCGAUCGAAGAAGAGGACGACCCACGACCACAAGAUACACGAACCUAUAUCUCGAUCUUGUGAAGGAGAACACGAAAGACCACCAGAUUAGGGCUCCAUUUGAAGAUAUGGAGAUCGAUCGACAAGAAGAAAACGUUAUGCCUCCCCCGACCAACCACCAACCAAGGUUUUCGCAAAAUACUAGGUUGAAUGACGAUGACGAAGACGAAGAUGAAGAUGAUGACAACAUUAACUAUGACGAUGCCGAUGACUGAUGGCUUUGGAACUCCAUACAAGAUGGAGAUGCGUAAUUUCUGUAGAAGAGAGAGAGAGAGAGCGCGCGCUCGCUGGAGAACUCAUUACUCGUUGGAUGGGGUUGCACCAGUCCCAAUCAUGGCAGCCACCUUGCUUAACCUCAAGUUCACAAUGAUAAUAUAGCCUUCCUGGAUUUUUUUCAGAUUCAGAUAUUUUCACCGCAGCCCUUUUCCCACA